CCAAUCUCCUUACACAUUAAUUUAUAUAAGUCCCUCAUUCCUUAUUAAUUUACUCAAACACAAAUACCUUAAAAUUUUAUUUGACAUUUAACAACGUUUGUGUCAUGGAUUCCGGUCUAUGCUUAGUGUCUAGUCUAAAACAUCAAACUAUAGUUCAAAAUAAUUUCUAUGACCCAUCUUGGUUACAAAAACAACGUCAUGUUCCAAUGAACUUUGUUUGGCCAAAAGAGUGUCUAGUAAAUGCAAAUGAAGAACUACAAGCACCAUUAGUGGACCUUGAUGGGUUCCUUAAAGGUAACGAAGAGGCUACAAAGAAUGUUGCAAAACUCAUAUCAAAAGCUUGUUCAACACAUGGGUUUUUUCAAGUGAUUAACCAUGGUGUUGAUUUAAGUCUUAUUGGUGAAGCUUAUAAUCAAAUGGAUGGUUUUUUUAAGCAACCAAUUAAUAGGAAACUUAAUGCUCGUAAGAAAAAGGGGUCUAUGUGGGGUUAUUCGGGUGCACAUGCUGAUCGAUUCUCAUCUAAAUUGCCUUGGAAGGAAACACUUUCUUUCCCCUUUUAUGAUAAUACUUUUGAGCCUGUUGUCACCAACUACUUUGACUCCACCUUAGGGGAAGAUUUUCAACAAGCUGGAGUGGCAUUCCAAAAGUAUUGUGAAGCUAUGAAGAAAUUAGGAAUGAAGUUGAUGGAGAUAUUGGCAAUAAGCUUAGGAGUGGAUAGGUUGCAUUAUAAGUACUUGUUUGAAGAUGGUUGUUCAAUAAUGAGAUGUAACUAUUACCCAUCAUGCCAAGAACCAAGUGUUGCAUUAGGGACAGGACCACAUUGUGACCCAACAACAUUAACAAUACUUCACCAAGAUCAAGUUGGAGGUCUUGAUGUGUUUGCAGAUCAUAAGUGGCAGACGGUUAAACCUCGUUCAGAUGCUUUUGUUGUUAACAUUGGUGAUACUUUUACGGCAUUAUCAAAUGGAAGAUACAAGAGUUGUUUGCAUAGGGCAGUGGUUAAUAGGUACAAAGAGAGGAGGUCCUUAGCAUUCUUUCUGUGCCCAAAAGAAGACAAAGUAUUGAGAGCCCCACAAGAUAUUGUUAGUAGAGAUGGGACAAAACAGUAUCCUGAUUUCACAUGGUCACGUUUGCUUCAAUUCACACAAAAUUACUACAGAGCAGACGAAGCUACUCUGCAAAACUUCACCAAGUGGUUGAUAUCUUCCAAAACCACUAACCCUUUACCUUAAUAAUCAACCAAUUAUACAUAGCUUUUUUGUUUUGCUUUUUGCUUUUUGCUUUUUGCCAGAGGUUGAGAUAUGCUAUAUUCCGUCGUCCUAUUAAUUAUCAAUUAUUGCUUAAUGGCUUCAUGUGUUGUAAUUUUCAUGAUUUUUUUAUUUAUGUAACUGGAAUUUCAUUUC